AUGUUAUGGAAGCAGAACUCUGCGACCGCUCACUGGAAGCGAGAAAACCAGCUAGUAUUCCAACGCUGGAAAGGCUUAGCCUCGUUCACAUGCGCAGCUGCUCUAGUAACGGUUGUCCGACCAAGCAUAUCGCGCCGACAACGGAGAGUGACUGAUGCUCGCAAGAUCGGCAUGUGCGAUGCCUUCAAUAGUUCCAGUAGCGUGAAGUUGUAUCAUUUUUACAUCAUGAGGGCAUCCAUUCUCGGUCUCCUAAUCUUGAGCAUGAGCUGGUCAGCCAAUGGGCGCAGUCCCGAAAACGCCUUGAAGAAUUUUUUUCUGGACUAUAAUUUUGAGCCCAGAGAAUAUCCACUGCCGCAAUCGUUAGGAGAAUCGAAGUUUAACGUGACGGUCAAUAACUUUACAUUACCAUUCUCAAAAUACGUUGAAACGUCUAGAUAUGACAAUAAGUUGAUUGAUACCAAAGCUGUAAUGGCAAGUUUCGUAUCUGCCUUUGGGCUAGAAAAAGUACCGAAAAAUUGGCAUGAGACUUGGUUACUUCUCAAGCCAAACUUUGAACGUAUCAUAUCUUACCUCGAUCAAGAGUAUGCCCUCUCUACAUUGCACCGGACUGCACCUGGAAUGUUCAUAGACCACGUGUUGGACCUGGGAGAUAAAAUAUUCCUUAUGAAUAUUCUCCGAUCUAAUCUAGACGAUGACUUUGCUGACUACGUACUUCGUCAAGUCUAUCAGUAUAUUGAACCUUUGGGAAAGGUCAAUGAAUUAUUUGAUCAAAUAAAAGGAAAAGAAUUGAAAAAUACCAUUGAAAGUUUGGCCUCGGCUAAAACUUUCAGCAUUAUCAAAGACUAUGCAGAUCACUUACUGGAUGUCGUCCUAAGGUCGCGGUCCUUAAAUGACUUGCCUCAGUUUCUUGAUUUCUUCCUGCCCUCAAGUAAUAACUCUGCAGACCUGAAGAAUAUCUUGCUCUUCAGCGUUGACCACGUCCUUGCUAACAGGGAGAUGGCGCGCCGAAAACGACAGGCAGGAUUGAAUUACGUACGCCGCGAUUCUGGAAACCACAAAACAAGUUAUUUGCCCGAUGUCGGUUACGGCCACAAUGAAGAACAUGAAAAUGAAGAGGGAUACGGACGUGAUCACGGUUACGGGCAUGAUGAUGGUUACGGACAUGAUGACGGUUAUGGUCAUGAUGAUGGUUAUGGACAUGAUGAUGGUUAUGGACAUGAUGAUGGUUAUGGACAUGACACAGGUUACGGUCAUGAUGAUAGACAUAAGAAAAAAGGUGGCUACAAAGAUGAAGGUUAUGGGCAUAGCAGUGGAGGAUACGGUCACGAUUCUGGGCAUGGUGGAGGGGGCUACAGCAGCGGGUAUGGCGGAUCGAGCUAUGGCGGCUCCUCCACUGCGACGAUUGACCCAUACGUAGUGCUCGGCGCUCUGGCGCUGGGUACUCUACUAGCGUUUCUGCUAUUUCGAAUAAUUAACGGAACAGGAAACAGUGGGAGAGGAGUUUUCGAAAAUUCUUCCUUUCUUUGGUUAUCAGAUUCGCCCGACGUAGAUCGCCAACCUCGACUGAAUAAAGAUAUCGAGAGACCCAAAAGAUCCUACGGAUUUUCUGAGAUUGAUGUCUGGAACCAAGGAAUUAUUUCAGAAUUACUGGGCUUAGAAGAUUCUUUUGGUCACACAGAAUACCCGACUAGUGAGAUUAAUGAUCUCUGGAGGGCAUUUAAAGACACGCGCGACAUCGGCGACGUGAGAAAACAAUUUUGCCGAUACCUGGAUUCGCAAGCAUCGGUCAAUGACUUGGUUGGAGUUGACUCUAUUGGAUCUCUCAUGCUGGCGUCGGCGGCUGCGGUGCUCGGUGUGCACCACGCGGGCCACAUGCUGGACGGUGCUGCCCGUGAUUUGCUGUCAGGCCUUCAUGGGACUUACCUGCAGCAUUCCUGCUCGCUGUAACCCAGCUACAGAAAACUGUCGUCCCCACACUGAAAGUUUUUUAUUCUGUUUCAAUUCAGAUAAUGAGUGAAAUAAUUACAAGCACUACAGGAAGAUUCUUGAUAAUAUUAAAAAAUUAGGUUUCUUACGAACGCUUAUACCCUCGAUAUGCUGUGAAA